AUGUUCCCAAGACGAGCUCGAACGAUCUUGCACUUCAAUCAGAUAAUUUCAAAACGUUGCAAUGCGAAAAUCUCAGCUACAAACGAGUUGAAAAACUACGCUUGUGCAUUAUACUCAACUGGGUUGGGUUAUGUUGGGCUACCAAGAAGGCUCAGCAAGUCUGAUAAAAAGCCAUGGGUAACUGAUAUUAAUGAAGUGAAACGUAAAGCUAGAUUGGAAAAGAAAGAGAGAAGAGUGGUUAGAGAGGUCACUUUAAGCCCUCCCGAAAAUGGGCUGUUGGUAAAAGAACUAAUACCAGUUGCCCACGAAGUUUUAGCUGCCAGAAGUGAGUUAUUCACUUGCAUAUCCAUACUUGCUGAUAGCAUUCCUAUUCAUUCUUGCAGUGUUUGUGGAGAAGUUCAUGUGGGCAGUCCACCACACCAAAUUAGAACAUGUAAUGUAAGCGGUAGUAAGAACAACAAAGAGCAUACUUGGGCUAGUGGUGGCAUUGAGCAUGUAUUGCCCAUUGUGGAAUCUUUUCAUCUGUAUGAUAGGUUGGGAAGAGCCGUUUCCCAUAAUGAGCGGCUACAAGUGGAUCGAAUUCCAGCUGUCGUGGAACUGUGCAUUCAGGCCGGUGUGGACAUUCUUUGGAUCAAUAAGCCUAAUUAA